AUGACUGGGGAAAAUGAACCGCCUCCACAGGCAGGUGAAAGGAUUCUAUGUCGUCACCCAUUUAAUGAGUCCAAGAGAGCAUAUGUGGUGCCAAAGCGUGUAGAGGAGCUUCUAAAGUGUUAUUGGCCUGGCAACUCAGACCAAGAAAGAGAAGAGUUACCACCGCUUAAAGAAAUCAGGAAUCGUUGUAUUAAACAACUGGAGCAAAUGCGGCCCGAUCACAUGAGGAGAUUGAACCCAACACCCUACAAGGUUAGUGUGAGCGCAAAACUGUACGACUUUAUUCAUUUCCUAUGGCUCAAUGAGGCACCUGUUGGGGAGUUGCAGUGA